AGAUGGCUGAAGAUCAGAAAUCUUACCACUUUGAUGAGGUCUCGAAACACAACGCUACCAAGGAUUGCUGGCUUAUCAUCCAUGGAAAGUAUUUUUUCCAUGGACCUUUCAUCUCAUCUAAGACAGGAGAAAAAGCGGUGUUACAGGCUUCAAGAAGAUGUUUGUUAGCAGCAACUGGGAAAGAUGCAACAAAUGACUUUGAAGAUGUAGGCCACAGUGACUCCGCAAGAGAUAUGAUACACAAAUACUGCAUAGGAGAGAUUGAUGCUUCGACUGUUCCAGCUAAACGUGCCUAUGUUCCUCCCCAGCAAGCACCAUACAAUCCUGAUAAAACCUCAGACUUUGUCAUCAAGAUAUUGCAGUUUCUGGUUCCCAUAUUGAUACUGGGCCUUGCUUUUGCAGUCAGAUACUACACCAAAGCAGAGUAGGCAAACUUCUAUUGAAGGAAAUGGGAAAUUUAAAAUGUCCAGUUCACUGUAUUACAUAUUGUUAUUGAGUUGCUGAAAGAAUUUGUUGACUAAGGCUUCAUUUGGGACGACUUUCUUACUACUUCUUAAAGCAGCUUUCUAGUACAAAAGUUAAUUUUUGUACUAGAAAGCCGCUUUAAGAAGCAAUUUUUGUACUAGAAAGCUGCUUUAAGAAGUAGUAAGAAAGCUGUCCCAAAUGAAACCUAAGAGAGCAUGCAUGCGUUGGAUGGAUUACCUUUGUUCCCACUAGUGAAUUCAUAUACUAUGAAGAUUUAAAGAUUCUAUUAUUUAGGCUGUAGCAAAUGGAGCCGUUGAAGGUAAUGAAGAUUCAGUUGAUGGGAUUCAAUCAAUGGAUGUAGCUCCUGCUUUAUCAUUGUUA